AUGACAACAAAAGAACUCCAUGUACACUUCAAUCCUGAAGUUGAAACAAUUCAGUACGACCCCGACGAACCGCCAGCUCAGAACUAUCUUAAAAAACGGCCACGCGUCAGCAAAGAAUUUAUCGGUGCAAAGGAAGAACCCAUUUCUCCCUCGAAAAUUGAAUACAAAAUGGACAUCAACACGUUCUUUGAAGGAAGUCAAAAGAAGAAGGUUGACACCGAGAAAAUGGAAGAUUGGGAAAUUCGUCAGGCGUUGCGAAGAUUAGGACUGAAAACUGUUGGAACGCUUGCGGAUCAAAAAAGACGGCUUGAAAAGUAUUAUACCAAACCAACAAAAACGGGUGGAGAAAAGAUUGCUAAAGUCAAGACACAAAAGAAGGGGAAAAAAGCACCACUUACUCUUGACCAACUCCAAAAUCUUUAA